AUGGAGAUCGAUUUGGGAGCAAACGCGUUCGGUAUCGACUUCCAUCCGUCUAAGAAUCUAGUCGCUGCUGGUCUCAUCGAUGGCCACUUGCAUCUAUACCGAUACGACGCAGAUUCUUCACCUGUCAGGGAGCUUAAAGUUCGUGCACAUAAGGAUUCUUGCAGAGCUGUUCGGUUCAUCGAUGGUGGCCAAAGAAUCAUCACAGCUUCAGCUGAUCGCUCUAUUCUAGCGACCGAUGUAGAAACUGGUGCUCUUGUUGCACAUCUUGAGAAUGCUCACGAGGAUGCUGUUAACACUUUGAUCAAUGUUACCGAGACAACCAUCGCUUCAGGAGAUGAUAAAGGCUGCGUUAAGGUUUGGGAUACGAGACAGCGCUCAUGCUCUCACGAAUUCAAUGCACACGAGGAUUACAUUUCUGACAUGACCUUUGCAUCUGAUUCAAUGAAGCUAGUGGCAACAAGUGGAGAUGGGACUCUGUCUGUCUGUAAUCUCAGAUCGAACAAGGUCCAAUCUCAGUCUGAGUUUUCUGAAGACGAACUACUUUCUGUUGUUAUAAUGAAGAAUGGCCGUAAAGUUAUCUGUGGAACUCAGAAUGGUACUCUCUUGUUGUAUUCAUGGGGAUUUUUCAAGGAUUGUAGCGAUCGGUUUGUUGAUCUAGCUCCAAAUUCAGUUGAUACUCUAUUAAAGCUUGAUGAGGACAGAGUUAUCACUGGAUGUGAUAAUGGAAUACUUAGCCUUGUUGGAAUACUGCCCAACAGAAUAAUACAGCCAAUUGGAGCUCAUGAGUUCCCUAUCGAAGAUCUCGCUCUCUCGCAUGAUAACAAGUUUCUUGGUAGCACAGGUCAUGACAGUAUGCUGAAGUUGUGGGACCUAGAAGGGAUUCUAGAAAGUUCCAAUGGCAAUUCGGGGAAUGCAUCUGGAGCUGCUGGAGACAGUGAUAGCGAAAACGAUGGGAUGGACCUUGACGAUGAUCUUCCCAAGUCUUCCAAAGGAUCGAAGAGGAAAACGAAAAGUAAAUCGACUCCUUUGAACUCUACAGCUAGUUUCUUCGCCGACUUGUAG